CCCCGUAUAGUUUCCACGCAGGGACAGCCUACGUGUUUAUCUCGUGAGGUGAAGUGCGCUGCUCAUUUCCACUACACGUCUGGCAAUGGACCCAAACCUCUGCAGGUUCGGUCCUUAAUUGUGUUUGAGCAACAUUUGAAAUCCAGUCGUUCACACCUUCAUCACCAUCAUCAUCAUCACCAUCGUAAGAAGAUGGGCUGCUGCUCGGCGCGGUGCGUGCUGGUCCUCCUGUGUUGCCUGCAGUUGAUAACUGCACUGGAGAGGCAGGCGUUUGACUUCCUGGGCUACCAGUGGGCUCCCAUCAUGAUCAACUUUGUUCACAUCAUCAUGGUCAUCCUGGGCCUGUUUGGUGUCAUCCAGUACAGAUCACGCUACGUGAUCAUGUACCUGCUGUGGACGUUGAUGUGGGUCGGCUGGAAUGUCUUUGUGAGCUGCCUCUACUUGGAUUUGGGAGGGCUUUCAAAGGUACGUCUAAUGGUCAUGUAACUGUCAGAUAAUUAAAGACCCACACAGCUACAGUGUCUAAAUACAGAGUUCAGCCCUUCUAUUAGUUUCACACUCGUAAAUAAGAAGCGUGUACAGUGACAGGACUUUAAAGUUUAGUUUGCUCCGGGUAAUGUGAUAUAUAAAAAAGAAACCAUUUGUAUAUAUAUAUAUAUUGUCCCCCUGGCGUUCACUGAGUUUUUCUCUUGGCAGCCAGAGGCCAGUGUUGUGCCAUAAUAAGCCUCUUUUUCUCUUACAUGAGAAAUUAUAGGGCAUGGUUGGAAUAGUUCUCGUGGUUAGCACUCU